CUGCCUACACGGCACAAUGGAGUGGCAACAUCCGAGACGUUGUUGCCAAAGCUUUCUGUCUAGUCUGCGCCCUUUUGCGCCGUACGGUGAAAGACGUAUGAGCACGUGUCGUGAUUGAAUUGCGCGCUUCUCGGCCGGAGGCAGCCACACUCGCACAUCCAUCGUCUACUCUGCUCCGAGCACACAUCGCUCUCAGCUCGCCACCAUCAUGAGUUUGUCGACUCUUAACGAAGACGUCCUCCGUAUCAUCGCCGAAAUGCUUUCCGCCACGCAAUGCAUCCCUCUCUCGUCGGUGUCUCGCGAUCUACAUGCAAUCGCACGGCAGUAUGUGUUCGCGUCCAUCACUGUUCGUAGCGAGGAACAGCUAGUCAAGAUCCAUGACCACCUCAUCCGUAACAUCGAUAAUCGCCUGCUCUGGCCUCGGGAAUUGACUAUCUACGGCCCGACGGAAAUGCCCCCCGCGGCUCCAGUCAUUGAUGCGCUGGUAGGCAUCUUCGAGCAUGCCCAGGAGUUGAGGUUUCUGGAGGUGCACGAUUGUGAGAGUCUGAUUGACUGCAAUGCACGGCUCGGGGAGCAUUUGGCUGCACUGCCGCAUCUCUCAGCCAUACACCUUUUCAACAUCGGGGCACAAACGCUCGACGCUCUACACAAGAUGGUCAGUAGGCCAGAGAAAGCAUGUCUAUCAUUCACCACGCCACCCAUCCGCCGUUCUCUACUGCGCAUAGCUGAAGGGCCUGUGUUGGGCAACGUCAAGCGGCUCACACUCCGCCAUUUCGAAUUCAAUGCAAUAUCUGAAUGGCAGCUUCUCUCCAAACUUACCGGAGCCCAUCCGCAGCUAGAAGUCUUGGAUCUCGACCACCGUUGUGUUGUAUAUCCUUGUCUAAUCCUGUUCCCCAACAUACGCAGGUUGACGAUUGCCGAUGGCAUUUACGGCAUACAGGACCCUGGCAACGACGUGGAGCCACGACGCUUGGACUACUUAUCGUUUCAGCCAAGUGACCUUCAUCUCAUCUCAACCCUCGGUAUUCGCAGCGAUUACCUGCGUCUAUACACGGAGUGGCUGGACUUCGAUCCUUCAGGAGUAGAUCAUGAACUUGUUUCCGCCGCCGCCGUGUUGGAGUUGAGCUUGUACCAGGUUGAACGCCACACCGAGUUCUGCUUGGCACUGGCACAGGCGAUCUCAGCAAAAUGGUCAAGAAUGAGGUACCUUAUCUGGACGAUCAAAACCGAUGACCCACAUACAGUCCGAUGGAUGGAGGAUAUUGUGUUUUCGCUUUCGUCCUCACAACUCCUGAGCAUACGGCUUCAUGUGGCCCACCCAAGGCAUACGGGGCCAUCGCACGAAAGAUGGCUAGGCUUACUGCAGCGACUGGAGCACGUUCACAUUUCUUCGGUACCCUCACUCCGGUUCUACUGCCAGGUCCUUAGCGAGUGGAACACAGACAAUACCUCGAAGAUCACCUGGGGGCGGGUCGAGGGUGAUGGUGGCCGUCGCACGCUGCAGCCGAUCCCCAGUUGGCAGGGCGAGAGGAUCCAUCGCUACCUCCAGUCUCCUCAGUUCUGUCGCACGUUACGAUUUGACGAGGAAGCCGCCCUGCAAUACACCGGCCGGUGAAUGCGAAAGAAGGCAGUGCUAGAAUGUCAAGUGAGCUCGGAGGGUAUGACGGAGCCGGAGCACUGCACUAGGUAUCUUCUUGUAACAUGAUAACGUCUGGAGGCUUUCAAUACAAACCACAGUUCGCCUU